UUCACAGAUGCCGGAAGCACCAGAAGCCGAGACCUUUGCGUUCCAGGCUGAGAUCGCUCAGCUGAUGUCGCUGAUCAUCAACACGUUCUACUCGAACAAGGAAAUCUUCUUGCGUGAGUUGAUCUCGAACUCGUCCGAUGCGCUAGACAAGAUCCGCUACGAGUCGUUGACGGAUCCGUCGAAGCUGGAGUCGGGCAAGGAGCUGUACAUCAAGAUCAUCCCGAACAAGGAAGCCGGCACACUGACGCUGAUCGAUACGGGUAUCGGCAUGACAAAGGCCGACCUUGUGAACAACCUUGGUACGAUUGCCAAGUCGGGCACGAAGGCGUUCAUGGAGGCACUGCAGGCCGGUGCAGACAUCAGCAUGAUUGGGCAGUUCGGUGUCGGUUUCUACUCGGCGUAUCUGGUGGCCGAUAAGGUUGUGGUAACGUCAAAGAACAACGACGACGAACAGUACGUGUGGGAAUCGUCGGCCGGCGGAUCGUUCACGGUGCGUUCGGACAACAGCGAGCCGCUGGGUCGUGGUACGAAGAUUGUGCUGCACAUCAAGGAGGAUCAGCUGGAGUACCUGGAGGAGAGCAAGAUCAAAUCGAUCGUCAACAAACAUUCCCAGUUCAUCGGCUACCCGAUCAAGCUGCUGGUGGAGAAGGAGCGCGAGAAGGAGGUGAGCGACGACGAGGCCGAUGAGGAGAAGAAGAAGGAAGAGACGGAAGAGAAGAAGGACGAAGAGCCGAAGCUGGAAGACGCCGAGGACGAUGACAAGAAGGACAAGAAGAAGAAGACGGUGAAGGUGAAGUACACCGAGGACGAGGAGCUGAACAAGACGAAGCCAAUCUGGACGCGCAAUGCGGACGACAUCUCGCAGGAAGAGUACGGCGAGUUCUACAAAUCGCUGACCAACGACUGGGAGGACCAUCUGGCGGUGAAGCACUUCUCGGUCGAGGGCCAGCUGGACUUCCGCGCGUUGCUGUUCGUGCCCCGCCGCAUGCCGUUCGAUCUGUUCGAGAACAAGAAGAAGAAGAACAACAUCAAGCUGUACGUGCGCCGUGUGUUUAUCAUGGACAAUUGUGAUGAGCUGAUUCCGGAAUAUCUGAACUUCAUCAAGGGUGUGGUCGAUUCGGAGGAUCUGCCGCUGAACAUUUCGCGUGAGAUGCUGCAACAGAACAAGAUCCUGAAGGUGAUCAGGAAGAACCUGGUGAAGAAGUGUCUGGAGCUGUUUGAGGAGCUGGCCGAGGACAAGGAGGCGUACAAGAAGUUCUACGACCAGUUCAGCAAGAAUCUGAAGCUGGGCGUGCAUGAGGAUAGUCAGAGCCGCCAGAGGCUGGCCGAUCUGUUGCGCUUCAACACGUCGGCAUCCGGGGACGAGUACUGCUCCCUGGCCGACUACGUUGGCCGUAUGAAGGAGAACCAGUCGCAGAUCUACUUCAUCACGGGCGAGAACAUUGAGCAGGUGAAGAACUCGGCAUUCGUGGAGCGUGUGAAGAAGCGUGGCUUCGAGGUGAUCUACAUGACUGAAGCCAUCGAUGAGUACGUCAUCCAGCAGCUGAAGGAAUACAAGGGAAAGCAGCUAGUGUGCGUGACGAAGGAGGGAUUGGAGCUGCCGGAGGAUGAGGAUGAGAAGAAGAAGCGUGAGGAGGAUAAGGCCAAGUUCGAGAACCUGUGCAAAGUGAUGAAGACGGUGUUGGAGAGCAAGGUGGAGAAGGUGGUCGUCUCGAACCGAUUGGUGGACUCGCCCUGCUGUAUCGUGACUUCGCAGUACGGUUGGUCGGCCAACAUGGAACGUAUCAUGAAGGCACAGGCUCUGCGUGACUCAUCUGCCAUGGGCUAUAUGGCGGGUAAGAAACACAUGGAGAUCAACCCGGAUCAUGCCAUUAUCGAGACGUUGCGUCAGCGCGCCGAAGCCGACAAGAACGAUAAGGCCGUCAAGGAUCUGGUUGUUCUGCUGUUCGAGACGGCGCUACUGUCGUCGGGCUUUUCGCUGGAUGAACCCGGAACCCACGCCUCCCGUAUCUACCGUAUGAUCAAGCUGGGUUUGGGUAUUGACGAGGACGAGCCAAUGACGACGGAGGAGAGCAGUGCCGGUGGUGCGGCAACGGCAUCCGGCGAUGCUCCACCGCUGGUGGACGAUUCGGAGGAUUUGUCGCACAUGGAGGAGGUCGAUUAAAUCAAUCAUG